AAAAAAAACCCCAUUUUGUGAUCGAAUAGUAUGUUUGGAUUUGGUAUGACAUUCACAUUUUUUUUUUAUCGUUAGCGAUGUAGAAAUAUACUUGAGACCAUCCAUUGUGGCGUGUUUCUGUUUGUAAUUGACGGUGACAUUUCCUUGGGGCGUUGAAGGCCGCAACUGGGUUCGUGUGCUGGUUGGACAGGAUGAAGCCGCAAUCACUGUCAGAUUCCGACGAGUGCGUUGAGGUAGUUUAACACAUUAGAACUUACUUCGCCCAAAACGGCCCACUACAUUCCAUUCAUGUGCUCACUAGACGUUUCCAAAGACCCCGUGUUAAAUGGAGUUGGAGGACCAAUGGUGGAAAGGACAACUGGCUACCGAUAUCUACCAGGCGUUGCGCUCCAAUGAGCUCAAGCUGCCCUCCUUCAAAGGCCAGUCCCCUCAGCUCAAAGUGAGGCGAUACUUUGCAGACCUCAUAGCCAUCAUCAGCAACCACUUCCGGCUGUGUGCCACGGCUAGACAUCUUGCUGUCUACCUUCUGGACCUCUUCAUGGACCGCUACGAUGUCACGGUGCAGCAGCUUCACAUAGUCUCGCUCUCAUGUCUGCUUUUGGCUAGUAAAUUUGAGGAACGGGAAGACAAGGUUCCGAAAUUGGAGACUCUGAACAGCUUGGGAUCCAUGAGCUCCAUGAACAUAGUUUUGACCAAGCAGGCUCUACUACACAUGGAGCUUUUCGUGCUAGAAACUUUCCAGUGGAACCUGUUCCUCCCCACAGCAGCUCAUUUUAUAGAAUACGACCUUUCUAUUGCAGUCCAUGAGGGAGAUCUCCACGAUGGCUGGCCUAUGACCUGUCUAGAGAAAACUAAACUCUACAUGACCAAGUAUGCUGAUUACUUUCUGGAAGUCUCCUUGCAAGAUCACGUGUUUUUAUGUUUUGCACCCUCUCUGGUGGCUGCUGCAUGCGUGGCUGCCUCACGCCUCAUCCUGCAUGUAUCCCCUACAUGGCCCCCCCGAUUGCAGAGGCUCACAGGCUAUACAUGGGAGAAGUUAGUCCCAUGUGUUGAGAAACUCCUCAUUGCACAUGAUAGUGAUGUCAAAGAGGCCAAUAAGCAGAAGUGCCCGCAGCCACAGCAGCAAGGUCAGACAGUGUACCACAGUUCGAGCCAGGCAGCCACUGUGGCCCAGUACCUGCACCGGCCCAGCAUGCAAUACACCCAGCAAGCUACACAGCCAGUUGUACCCCCGGACCACAGGCCUGCCUCAUAUCUAGCCCAUACUGCCACCACCCUGCAGGUCCAAAAUGGUCCCCUGGAGGGCAGUAUUCAAGUCGUCAAUGCUUCAUUGGAAGCAAAGUGAAACCUUACUAAUAGGACUUACCAAAUUGGCAUGCACUAGAGUUGUGCGCCAUGCCUUUACAGAUAA